CGUCGCUGGUCGCGGGGGUGAAGUACUCCGAGUUAUCAGGUUCCUGCAAACUGCAGCUUUCUGAAAGUGACAGUUAUGCCGGUCGCGUCCUUCAACCAGUCGUUCUCAGCUAGCGCUCGUUGCGCGUCAACCUCCCCUGUGAUCUGCGGAAAAUCUUCCCUCUCCCAGUCACGAACGGUUCCGCGGGCACGACACUAACUCGAUUGUCGCAGUCACGUCGAUUGUGGCGACUGUCGGUUUUCAGCGCAGCAGGCGACUUGAUGCUCUCUUCCCAGCAAUUUUUUUCGAGACGGUCUGGCGGGAGGGUUUCUUCGUUGGGUGCAGAUCCUCGGAGCAUGGCUUGGUCAUGGACCACGACAUAAGCGAAUGGCGUUCAUAGACUCACAGCUGGAUUGGAGUGGUAUUGCCGUGGCGUCGAGACCUAUGAACUCAGUCACCUUCACUGCUCUACAGAACUCGGCAACCUUCAGCCCAGCAGCAGUGCUCUCCGAAGAUGACGCAAUCCAGCUGUGCUUAUCGUCCACGGGGUGUUACAACUGGGACGCUCCAACGAUCCUGUCUAUCUGGGAAGCGUCAACUCUCGCAUGGCUCUCGAUCGCUCGACUCCGGUAUCAGAACUUCGGAGGGAGAGCGACUGGGCGACGAAUGAGAAUGGUAGUCCCGGGCCCCGCGGUAUUGAAACAGGUCGACUAUCUCGAGGCAUUCGGCGUGGGAGACGCAUGCAGCCUUUGGCCGUCUGAGGGCCGCGUCCAUCACUCUCUCGUAUAAAUGGCGAGCCCUCCGAGCAUGCUCUCUCUGAACCCCUCCUUCACGAUGUCGAUGUGCGCUCAGUCAUCUGCGACUCCAUUGCCCGUGCACCCUUUGCGGCAUUCCCGGCCGUUGUAUGACUGCCAUCCUCUUCCGCCAACGAGCCCCCCUCCCCACUCCCCUGAACCAGAAUUGGUCGACUCUGAUUUGGACCCGGCGACGGAUCCGCCAACUGCCUGCCUCGUUCUGGCCUCGCCGCUUUUCCCUUGGAAACUCGAGAUCCGGCCUCACGCUGCCGAUAAAUGCGUCUCCCUGGCCGCGGUCCGCGAAGCGGUCAAUAACUUUCUCCUCCAGCCAGUCUCGGAAAUCGAACUGGAGAGAUACUCCGCGCAGGAUGAAUCUCAACCAAGCACGAACUCGUGCUGCUCUAUGCGCGAGCGUAUCACCUCUGCAUUCGAGAAACGAUGUGCAGACUCGCGUCGAGAUUUCGGGCGCGGCGCGGAAACGAUCGUGCGCUCCGUUGGGAUUCAGCGGACCGAUUUUCUCGGCGCAAGGGGAAUCGCUGUGGAUGACGAGCUUCGGGAUCUGCGGAUCAUAUCCGUGGAUGGGGAAUGGGAACUCUGCUUUGAUGGCGCCUGAAUUUCAAUGUGUUCAAUGCACUCUCUCACGCACACCUGUAACACACAUGCUUAGUAUUCAAUAGCCUCUAAUGGGGCUGCGCAUUGAGACUCAAACAGCCGAGUCCGCUAAGAGGGGAACCCGCUUGGUGUCUCACCUCAAGAGUAUUUGAGUUGGACGGACGGUGAGACGACUCUAAGAUGGCUCAGACCCAACCCCGAGUCAGAACUCUCUUCCCUCUACGAACGGGCGGUUUCAUCGUUCCUCUGCCACCGCCGUCGAGUCCAUCGUGCGUUG